AUGACCAUGGAAAAUAACGACGCAGACGCGCAGCAGGAGCUCUGCUCUCUGAUACAGCAAAUACGUCAGAUGCUUUUGGUCGCUGAAGGUGUCUUGAGCCGGGCCAGUGAGAGUACCUCGUCCACGGCUGCCUCGUCGCCACGUGAAUCUCCGACCGGAACUCUCACUCCCGAGGAGGGCCGUAUUUCGGCCCGCCCACGUCGUGAUACAGGCAAGAGCGCAUCGCGUCUGCCCCCGCCCGACUUCAGAGUCUGUGACGACGUCUGUGGUCCCAUCGACGUCUCGAAGCCAUCCUAUGCUAUGAAUUUGUUCCGAUCUCGUGGAGGAAUCGCCAUCCGCACUGGCACAGCCGCGUCGUCGAUUCCGAAUGCGCCGGUCUCGUCGCCAGUUUCGGUGGCUCGGGUUGUAACGCAGCUGCCGCCUCAGCAAGCGACACCAUCCUCUUCCGAUGCGUCCAGUAGUGGUGCUGCGCCUGGUAAUGAACCCUCUGGGGGUGAGUCUGCCGCUAGCGUUCGUGUGCCUGAAGUUCCUGCUCGCCUUCGCUGGUACGUUAUUACCAUGGGUAACAGAGUUGGUGUCGUAAGAGGCUGGCACAUAGCAAAGCCUCAUACCUUACCUUUGGACUCGCUUUGCCUUCAGGUCGCGAGCCGCGAGGAAGGCGAGGAAAUCUUCGAGCAAGCGCUGGCUGCGAAAGCUGUUCGAGUUUGGCUGAAUCAUGCUUGGGUUGAGGUCAGCGACGACCCCGCAUUCGAGCAGUACAUCUUGUAG